GACUGCUCGCAUGCCUGAGCUGAGUUGCCAUCGACUGUCUCGAGUAUCUUCAACAAUGGAAGAAUCAUAACUUUAUGUCAACUGGAAAACUCACGGCUAUAUCGAGUUUUUGAGCAAAAGUCAGCUGUGUAGUUGUAUCACGCGUUUAAGUGUGGCGUGUAGGGACUGGACAAUUUGUGCCUCCAGAAAUUUCUACAAGAUUGAUUAAAUGGAGCUUGAGGGCCAAUGGUGGAAAGGACAACUUGCUGGAGAUAUAUACCAGGCUUUGCGCUACAAAGAAAUCAAGUUGCCCUCCUACAAAGGCCAGUCCCCCCAGCUCAACCUCAGGCGCUACUUUGCAGACCUCAUAGCAAUCGUAAGCAAUCGCUACCUGCUGUGCCCAACAGCCAGACACCUUGCCGUCUACUUGCUGGACCUUUUCAUGGACCGCUAUGAUAUAACGGUGCAGCAGCUUCACAUGGUCGCACUCUCCUGCUUGCUUUUGGCUAGUAAGUGUCAGCUUCCUUGCAAGCCUCUGCUUGGCCAAACUUCUAAUUGCUAUAGUCCACCCAGUCUAUAAACUCAAUUUUUCUAUGUGCCUUGUGAUUAUUUCCCGUCCUAUACAGGUAAGUUUGAGGAGAGAGAGGACCGAGUUCCUAAGCUGGAGACUCUUAACAGCCUGGGCUGCAUGAGCUCCAUGAACCUGGUGCUGACCAAGCAGGGCCUGCUGCACAUGGAGCUCCUCCUGCUGGAGACCUUCCAGUGGAACCUGUACCUGCCCACCGCUGCACACUUCAUAGAGUACUACCUGUCCAUCGCUGUCAACGAGGCGGACCUUCACGAUGGCUGGCCCAUGGCGUGCCUGGAGAAGACGGUGCUCUACAUGACAAAGUAUGCUGACUACUUCCUGGAGGUCUCCCUUCAAGAUCAUGUGUUUCUGAGGUUCGCCCCGUCACUGGUGGCAGCUGCCUGUGUGGCAGCCUCUCGCAUCAUCCUGCGCCUAUCCCCUUCCUGGCCAUCUCAGCUUCAGCGCCUCACCGUAUACAGCUGGGAUCACCUUGUCCCCUGUGUAGAAAAAAUGAUCAUUGCUCAUGACAGCGACGUGAAGGAGGCCAAUAAGCAGACGUGCCAGCCACCCGGUCAGCAGCCGGGCCAGACUGGGUACCAUACCCCUUGCCAGACAACCACCACCAUGCCGCCUCAGUACCUGCACCAGACCAGCAUCCAGUACCCUCAGCAGGCCCUCCAGCCUUCCCUAGCCCUAGCCCCAGGCCACGGCCCGGCCUCCUACGUAUCCCACUCUGCCACCCUGCAGGGCCCUGGUGCCCCGCCACACAGCCACACCCAGACCAUCUCUGCUGGUCUGGAUGGCAAGGCCAACAUUCCAAGCAGAGCCUACCAGGUCAAUAUGCACUAUACCUGUGCUGCUCCCUGUUUUGAUAGGUGAUGGCUGGAUCUCCAAGGUAGAUCUAUGACAGUAUGGGAAGUAAAAGUGCGAGCGACUGGAUGGGUAUGUCGUCUCUUUGGAUUAGACUAAUUAGCAGGACCAGGUAUGUUUUUUUUUUAAAUUCGAGAAGUUAUGAUGCGAUUUAAGCACUUUCUUCUAUGGUAAGAUGUGCAAUAUAAUAUUCCACAAAUGUGCAAUAUAGUUAUUUGUCAUGUAUCAUUCCGGUGCUAACCUGCCGAAGGUGUGAUCUUCUUUUCAAAACCAAUAUGAUUGAGUUAUCACCAAGCAUGGUUGUCAUGUGCAAAGGGUUGUUUUCCCAACACUCUGCAUUAGCUAUAAUUUAAUUGCACUAUAGACAAGAGACUGUGCUGCAUUUAUUUAAGCUAAGAUAUCUCAGAAGCAUUGAAUGUAUGUUCUCUUUUUGUUCCCUGGCGCCAUGAGUAAUAAUGGGAAUCUUAUAUCAGUAUUGAACUCGAGGGAUUACUUUUGUAGUAAGAUAUGGUAGUUUGAUAGAGGAACCCGCAUCACUCUGCCAGAAGCUACCUCAAAUGUUAACGUUGACUACCCGCACCUUUGCUCUUGAACAGUGCUCUCUGUAAUGUUCAGGAAGUAUAGUUUUCAUUGUUGUUUUGUGUUUCGAGCACUAAUUUGGAGGGAAUGUGUCAUGUCAACACUUUCCUGUGCAUGCGGAAUGGCAGCGAGUGCUGUGUACUUCUAAUAUGGUACUUUUAAAUAAAAUGCC